AUGAAUAAUAAAAGAGCAUCAUCAGAAUAUAGAGAACAAGAAUGCAAACGGAAAGCAGAAAAUCAAGAAUACAGAGACAAACAGAAAAGAUCAAUAAGUAAUAAGAGAGCAUCAUCAGAAUAUAGAGAACAAGAAUGCAAACGGAAAACAGAAUAUCAAGAAUACAGAGACAAACAGAGAAGAUCAGUGAGUAAUAAGACAGCAUCAUUAGAGUAUAGAGAAGAAGAAAAUUUUAGAAAAAGAAAUGACAUUUCAAGUCGUUACAAAAAGAAAGAACACAAGCAACUAAAGAGAUCCAAUUCUGGAAUAAGGGAGGUAGAAAAAGAAAGAAAGAAAGAAAGAAAGCAAAAACUUCGUUGA